AUGACUUUUGGUCCGACUAUAUACUGGUUUCCAACACACUGGGAUUUCUGGGGACGCCGCCUCAACGGUUUGAGUUGGGUGUCCGCCAAGAUUCAACUUACCAUUACGGGUGUAACGGGACAUUAUGCCGACGGCCUUCUUGGCCUUCUGAUUAUACCUGUAUCGAGAAAUAGCCUUGUUGGACAGGCAUUCUCUGUGCAUCGCGGCACAUUACUUUUCGCCCAUCGAAUCAUUGCUUAUCUGUUCUCAAUUGCCGUCGCUGCGCACGGGAUUACAUACAUUGUCUAUGCUACGGAUGGUAGCAGCGAAGGAGAUAAAACCAAGGAAGAGGCUUUAGCAACAGGAAAUCCAACAAUGACCUUAUCAGAGAGUAAACAAAGAAGCCCCUGGUUCGUGCAGACCACAUACACUGGAAUCGCUGUCUUCCUGCCGAUCUUGGCCAUCCUCGUCACUUCACUCAAGUAUAUUCGUCGCCAACACUACAACUUGUUCUACUACACUCACGUCAUUUGUGGCAUUAUAAUCUUUGUUGCAUCCUAUAUCCAUGCCAGUACCGACUUCUAUCUUCUUCUCCCUGGUUUGUUGUUGUGGGUAGGAGACUGGGUGAGAAGAGUAUUUUUCGGAGAGACCAAUGGAUUGAGUACAAAGACCGUCGCCACCCUCGAGAAUGCAGGCGGUAGCUGGAUCAGAAUCUCGCUUCCUGCGAAGAGCACCCCACAACAGAUCAUGGAGAAACCCGUACCAACCUCCGAGCCCUUACUGUAUUACUAUCUCAAUGCUCCGGCGGUUAGCAAGUUCCAGAUCCAUGCUUUCACAGCUGCCGUUUCGGCUUCCACUAGUCAUGGACAAAGAUUCCUGAUACAACGAGCGAGCGGCAAGCCUAGAAAGAGACUUGACAAAGAAUGGACCUGGAAGUUGGGAGCUCUGGAUGCCGGCUAUAUCAAUGCAUCUCACAUCCUGUGCAUUGUUGGCGGGACAGGUGUUACGGGAGCUCUUAGUCUAGCACGUUGGUGGCUGGACGCUGGGCCUGUGAGUAGUCGGUUCACCUUGAUUUGGACCGUGCGUACCAGAGACUCAGUCGAAAUCAAGGAGUGGGCAGAUCUCGUGGAUGUGGCAAGUACCAACAGCAACCUCGACAUGAGGUCACAUAUAAGCUCUGAAAAUGGGCGCUUAGACACUGCCUUGAUACUUAGGGACGCUUUUGAGGCGCGCGACGUUAUGGCAGCUGAUUCUCGCGGAAACGGAUGGGUCUAUGGCGCAGGACCUGACGCAUUAGUAACGAUGACUGAGCGAUCAUGUAUUGAGGUACGAAAGGAUCUGAAGAGGAGCAGAAAGAGUGGCGAUCAAGGAACCUGGGCACUGAACGACUUCUCUUGGUAUUUGGAAGCCUAG